CUUUCACAACAUUUUCACACCUGACACAAAUGAUGAUUUCUUCACGCACAAUGAAGGUGCUUCAACAUUUUUUAACAUGGAUCUACCCAAGUGUAAGCCUAUAUAUAAUCCAUCUUUCUCAACAUUUUCACACAUGACACAAAUGACUUCUUCACACACAGUGAAGGUGCUUCAAUGCUGCCAAAUCUCCCCACCACAAGGAUCAGUGCCAUCAACAACUAUUCCAUUAACUUUCUUUGAUAUCCCUUGGCUUCUUUUCACCCCAAACCAACCCCUUUUCUUCUAUGAUUUUCCCAACUUCAGUACUCAUGAUUUCAUACAUAACAUACUUCCAAACCUCAAUCAUUCUUUGUCCUCAACUCUCCAAUAUUUCUUUCCUCUUGCUGGAAAUUUGGUUAUUCCUCCACAACCCUCCAAGCCCCACCUCAGUUACACUGAAGGGGACUCAGUUGCUUUGAUCAUUGUGGCUGCUGAUGGGAGAACAUUUGACAAUUUCUUGAAGACAUGGGCAUCCAUUCUUGGUGAAGCAGGUAACAAAUGUCCCCCACUCGUUUUGGUGGACAAUUUUUUGCCAUGUAAUGACAGGACUUUGAUCCAUUAUCCAAGUGGGCUGGAGCUAAUUUUCUUGAAACAAUGGUGGCACCUCAAGAGUCUGCAAAAAGAUGUGGUAAAAUACGCUAAUGGUUCAAAUUUUGAUGAAAUAGUAAGAGCCACAUUUGUUGUGGGUCCAAUAGAGAUGGAGAAAAUAAAAGGGUGGAUCAUGACCCGGUCCAUGAAUAUAUUCGGGUCAACCCGGUUAUAUUUGUCUCCCUAUGUGGUAACUUGUGCAUUUGUUUGGGUGUGUUGGACGAAAAUCCACUUAAUCCAUGGUGGAGAUUUUCCUGAAAAGCCACAUUACUUUGGGUUUAUUGCAGGUGGCAUCACCCGGUUAGGAUUCUCUGUGCCUAAAUCUUACAUUGGUAAUUGCAUUGCAUUUGGUCGAUCCAUGGUGAAGAGGGAUCAACUAGUGGGAGAAAAUGGUAUCAUAUAUGCUGCAAAAGCGAUUGGGGAUACAAUUAAGGAGUUGGAUAGAGAAGUUUUGGGCGAAGCAGAUAAAUGGAUUUCGGAUUGGGAAGUCUUGUUUGGGUCGGAGCCCCAUGUCAUGAUUACCGGGUCACCGAAAGUGGGCUCUUAUGAAUUGGACUUCGGGUGGGGCAGACCCACGAAAGUGGAAGAAGUAUCCAUCAGUAAAACCCGUGCAAUUUCACUUUGUGAAAGCAGAGAUGUUUUUCACGGGAUUGAGGUUGGAUUGGCUUUGCCCAAGGCCAAAAUGGAUGCUUUUGACUCCCUUUUUAGAGAAGGCUUGAAGACUUUGUGACUUUAUUGUACUUUUGUAAUCUAUUGUUUUCCCACCUUUCCUCUAAAAUUUUUAUUCCCUAAUAAUUCUGGUUUUGUGAAUUCAUAUUCAACCCCUUUUUUUUUGCA